AGAUAAUGUUGGAAAUUGAAAGCUCUGACCGUAGUCCACUUCAUGGGCCCUUUCCUGUUCGGAGCAGACUGGUUUAUCGGUCGCCAAAUACGGUUGAUGAGCUUGAAAACCGCAACGAAGAGACCGAUCGAACUUGAAUUUGGCAUUUUCUUAUUCUUUCCAGUCAAACUGCUUCAAGAUCGACCAAGAUUACACCAUGGUGCUCUACUCAAUCCAGUUGGUCCCCGACAAGAGCCGGGGUCUCUUUGCGACGCAGCAAAUCACUGCGGGCACGAUGAUCCUCUCUGAGAAGCCCAUCAUGACGCUUAACCGGCAAGAUGUGGAGGCUGAAGAUACGAUUGCGCGCUUGGAGAAGAGAUGGAAUGCGCUUUCUUCCGAGGAGCAGACGCAAUGCCUUGCGAAGUGCUACGACGCGAUGGGAAUCAAUGACGAGCUUUCGGGCAACAUUGCUGCAGAUGGCGAGAUGGAAGUCAACUACGACGAGGAGAAGGAAGCCAGCGACGGCGGACAGGAGAAUGGCGAAGAUAGAGACAGCGUGCCUCUCCAUCUGGCUGUCCUGCUGAAGUAUCUCAACCAUCAGGAGUACGAAGGAUGGCAGAUGAGCGCCGUAUGGCUGCAUUCCACUCUCAUCAAUCAUUCUUGCGCUCCCAACGCUUCACGAAUCCACGACCCCAGAACCUACGAGCGACAAGUGCGAGCUAUCCGCGACCUCAAGCCCGGCGAGGAGAUUCUGGUCUCCUACAUCGACCUCAACCGACCCCGCGAUGCCCGCGCAGCCGCCCUGGGCUUCAUCUGCCUCUGUACUACCUGCAACGGCCCCAAGAAGGAAGAGAGCGACGGCCGCCGACGCGAACUAGCCAAACUUCUCGAGGCGUUCAACGACUUCGACAAGCGCAAUGAAAUCGGGGAGCCGGCUCAAAACGAGAACUUCGAGAUUUCGAAUGCGAAUGCUGAUGCUUUGGUCAUCCGGAAUGAUGACUAUGCGUUGGCGCUGGUGCUUGCCGAGGAGUUCGUGGCUAUCUUGCAGGAGGAAGAGCUGGUUAUGGCGCUCACCAUGGCUGUGCUGAUCACAAAACACAUGGCGUAUUCCAGAUACGAACGCUGCAGCUUCUACGCCUUCGAGGACUGCCAGCUCGAGUCCUGUCUAGACUUUGCCCGAAAGGCAUUGGCGAACGAGCGCAUCUGCCAGGGCCCCGAACGAAUUCACCGUGUCGAGGUCUUCCUCCAGAGCAUGGAGGAGGACUGUGCCGUUCUUGCUAAUGAAGCGGCUCAGGAAGAGGUAGAGGCUGACAAGUGA